UUUUACCCGUCAAACGAGAGGGAGAAGCUCACGGCUUCAAUCGUGCGCGGCUGUCCUUCGGCAUACGAAUCGCGUAUCCCGUAUCGAUAGUUGAUCGAGAACGUAACUUCUUGAAGAGGUGCCGAAUUAGGGGUGCGUCUUGAAGAAACCAAAGAUCUUGUAAACCGCUUGAAAAGAAGAUUGCAAUAUGAAGAUUACCAAAUAUCUUUACUGUACUCUGGCUUGCAUGUGUCUGCUGAAGGUGGCAAAUAGUGAGAUUUCGAGAGACAAGAAUUCAUUUUUACAGUUCGAACGGCAGCUUCUAAACGGCCUAAACGCAGAGAAAACAAUCAAGGCAAAGAGACCAUUUUGCAAUGCUUUCACGGGAUGUGGCAGAUUUAUUUCGGAAGAAAAAAGAGAGAAGAAGAAAGGACCUUCUACGCUGCAAGAUUUAUUGAACUUUGAAGUAACGAGCAACAACGUUCAGUAUCCGGUUUCUCUGUACAAAGCACUGUUGAAUGCCGCCAAACAGAAUGCUUGGAAAACGAUGGAUCGUGAGGAGUACGAUUAUCGAUCACAACAAUUGCCGAUUUAUCUCUCGGGUCAAAUGCCUCUACGUGAUACGGUGGAAAGCUAAUUUUGAUGGGCACAACUCGACGCAUGGGCGCCGCCAGAAUUUGUAACAGACGGAGUUAUAUUUUAUCUUAUUUCUAAAUAUGCAUUGUGAAAUUUAUUUAUAAUACUGACUAAAUAUUUUAUACACUGAGAGAAAAAAGUCAAAAUAUUGAAAAGCAAAUACUCCUUUUAACGUUUUCUUCGCUAUUUAUUGAUUAUAAAAAAUUUGGUUGUGAUGAUGAAAUAUAUUUCUGUGAAAUAUAUCUUACUUUUCUUAUUAAUUGGUUUAUUUUCUAGGAAUAAAUUUGAUGUGAGAUAAGUAUUAUGUUACAAAUAAUUUUUAAGUAUUUUUUUCCUAAUACAUUAUUUUUUUUUUAAUAGAGUGUAAUAAAAAUUUUAUUUUUAGUAAAUAAAUUAUUUAUUUUUCCAUUGAGUGAUAUCUCUUUAAAUAUAAUGUAUAUUUUAUAGAAAUGUUCAUUAUCCAUUGUUUUUUUAACUAUAUAAGAAAUAUCGAAGAAAACGCACAAAAAGCAUUUGAUUUGCAAUAUCUUUUUUCAGUGUAAAAAUUAUGUUUAUGAAAUUACACUAAUUUAACUAAAGCUUAUUUCUUCUUUUGCGAUGGGACGCAGUUUUUUUUGCGUCCACUUUGCCUAUAUCUUAAUUUGUAUUUAUUUCUUCGUCUUGUUAUAAUUAAAGAAAUCUACGUUUAAAUGAGAAAAUUGUACAAUUAUAUGACAUUUCCGUACAACUUCCGAGAAUUUUACUAUUACGAAUGUAUUGUUCACAAAAGAAGCAUAUAAAAAUGUAAUCAGUAUAAUAUUGGUGUUAGCUAGAAUUAGAUUAGAAAUAUUCAUUUAUUUGCAGGAGCACUUUGACAGUUAUGCAUUUAUUUGUACGUACCUCAUCCUCUCGACAAAUGUCUUAAUUAAUUUGCUAAAAGUAACUUUAAAAUCUACAUCUUUUUUAAACAACUGUUACAUUGAAUUUUAAUUGUACUCAAUAAAUUCUAUAAAAUGUUA